UGCAUCUCAGGUAGAGCUUUUGCCUAAAAGCUCCAAAUUUGUGCUUUUCCCUAGUAGACCUCUUUUGGCUAAAAAAACUAUCUUAAACUUGUUAACAAACACCUUAAAAUCAUCCAAGAAGUGCUUUUUGGCCCUUCAAAAGCAAUGCCAAAUGGGACCUUAAAUGUCUAGUUGGGCUUCUAAUGAAGCAGCUUUGUAGGUUGCAUAUUUUUUUCACAUCGAUUUGACAAGAUUUUUUGAACCCCGUAUUCUGGAUAUUUUUUAGAUCAUAACAUACACCUACUUAUAUGUUGCAUAAGCAAAUUGCAAUUAAGCUUUUGAUAAAGUUGUUAAAUAAUGUACCAUUCCUUUAGUUGUGAACUGAAUACUUGAAGGAUUUUCUUCACUGUCAUAUGUGUUAAUGAUAUUAAAAACUAGUCAUCUGUUUUUAUUGGCAUCACCAUUAUAUUAUCUUUCCUGAACAUGAUGUUAUGAUGUAUCAGAACCUUUAUUGCUCCUCUUGAGAGACUAAAGUUGGAGUAUAUAGUUUGUGGUGAACAGAUGAAUUUAUAUACACUUAUCCAUAAAAUUGCAACCACACAAGGUUUGAAAGGCUUCUGGAAGGGCAAUUUUGUCAACAUUUUUCAUACUGCUCCAUUUAAGGCAGUAAAUUUCUAUGCAUAUGAUACAUCUAGGAAACGGCUUCUCGAAAUGUCUGGAAAUGAAGAAACAACAAAUUUUGAAAGGUUCAUUGCAGGUGCUGCAGCUGGCAUAGCUGCUACAAUACUAUGUCUGCCAAUGGACACGGUAUGCAUCAUUUGAUUGCAUUCAUCAUUUGUGGGGUUUGUGGGGCCUGAAAUUCUUUUUUCCAUUAUAUAUUCUGUAUUUACAUUGUUGAGAUUGGGGGUUAACUGUAGCACCUUGUUCCCAAUGUUAGAUGACAAGUGACCAGGUUAUUUUGUGAAAAAUUGCCCUGGUUGUUUUUGUUGUGAGAUAGCAUUAGCUAAAUGGAUACUCUCAUGAAGCAGCAUAAUCUGAAACUCACUGGUCUCUUCUGAGAACAAUAUUGUUUUCAUUUGUUUAAGAAAUAGCAUGUUCUUUCUGCAGUUUCCUUUUUUUUUCCCUUCUAUAGAGAUGUCUCUCUUUUGUUUUUUUUUUUGGUAAAAUUUUAAAGAUGUCUCUUUGCAUACAAGCUUUAAAUUUCAGACCCGUACAAAGAUGGUAGCACCUGGAGGGGAAGCUUUAGGCAGCAUUAUGGGUGUUUUUCGUCACAUGGUGCAAACUGAAGGAUUCUUUUCUCUUGACAAGGCAUUAGUACCUUCUCUUAUUAGCAUGGCCCCUUCUGGUGCAGUUUUCUAUGGUGUUUAUAAUGUAUUGAAGGCAGGGUAUCUUCAUUCACCUGAAGGAAAGAAGAGCAUACCUCUGAUGAAGCAACAACAAGGUGAAGAUGUGAAUGCCUUGGAUCAACUAGAGCUGGGUCCCAUGAGAACCUUACCGUCUGGGGUCAUUGCCGGUGCUUGUGCUGAGGCUGCCAGCCUGCCAUAUCCUUUUAAGGUAGUUGGGCGGGAGAUACAAAUGCAGGUUCAAGCGACAAAACUAAAUGCAUUUGCUACAUCUGUGAAAAUAGUCGAGCAAGGGGGAAGAAUCUCUGCACUGUAUGCUGACCUGAUUCCCAGCUUGUUACAGGUUUUGCCCUCUGCUGCCAUUAGUUACUUCAUGUAUGAGUUCAUGAAGAUGGUUCUGAAAGUAGAAUGAAAACAGACUAACUUCCCUCCACAGCAAAAGUGUUUUGGAGUGCUCUAGCUGGUGUAGUUGGAGCAUCUAUUUGUUUGCAGAAAUCCUUUUCCUUCCUCAUUGGAGAUUAAUUUGAAUAAGCAUUUAUGAAAUCGGAGACAUUACUCCAUUGCCUUUGUGAAUUUUAAUGCAGAAGAGCAUGAUGGAGUUACUACUGCACGAUUACAUUCUUGCACCUUCACUUGAGAUUCAGUGGAGGAAAGUCCUGGCCCCUUGAUUCUCUCUCUUAAUUAUGCUAGUUUUGGAUUCAGCAGUGACAAUGGAGGUCAGCAAGAGCAUUCGGCUGAUGGACAGGAUAAUUCAUAUAUUGUCUUGACUCAAUGUUUGGAUGCAUCUUUCAUAAAGAAUGUUUUCAUGUU